AUGUUCAAAAGAGCAAAGCAAGUUGACGAAAAUGUCUUCAAACAGCCAAGACUCAAAGCGACACACGAGGUGAAGACACACUUGAGAGAAAGAACAGAGACUGAGAAAAUCUACCACCUGUUCUCGGCUCCGAACAAGAGAAAGACUGUGUUCAGAAUGAUCCUCAGCUUAAAGCAGUCGGAGCUGGAGAAAAAUGUGUACAUGCUGGCCGAGAAUUUGCUAGGCACCUUAAUAGCAGACAAGAGCAUUGACAGGCUAUUCUACAUGGCAUUUUCCAGACUCCUCAAGACAGGAAGCACAUCGUCAAUGAAAAAGCUGUGUGCCGACCAUUUAAAGGCACAAAUGUGCAGCGACAGGAGCUAUUCCACAUUUCUCGAAUUUCUUAUGAGGCAUUUUAAAAGCGCAAUUGCGGACAACAAAAACGAAAUCGCAGAGUUUGUAGAUGACAAAAGCCUUAAGUCAAAGGUGCUGUCACUGAAGGAAAAGACGCCAAGUACCAGAGUCAGCUUUAAUGAAGCAUUUUACUACACAAGAUAG